AUGUUGGAAGAAAUAACUGAAAUGUUUUUGUCAUUAUUUUCGCUUUUCUGGAGCGAUACACCACGCGUAUCUUUUCGAGAACAAAUUCACUUUGACUCGGAAGAAGGAGGGGUAGAUGAUGGUAGAUGGCAACCGUAUAUCAAUGAAGAAUACGAGAACUUUCAUACCGACGAUCAGUUAAACUCAUUGUUGGUUAACGAAAUAUUAACAGAUUAUACAAAGCUUCAAGGUGCUUGGUCUAGGCGGAGGAGUUAUUGGGAGUCGAUUCGGAGAAGUUUAUGGACAACUCUGAGUAUUACGUGCGCUAUAUUCGUACCAACAGCUUUGAUAAUGGCGUUUCUUUAUGUUGAUUUAAACACAACUGAUCUUUGUUUGGAAUGGCAGUAUCACAAUAACACUUUACCAUUUUCUGUAAAACGACUUCGUGUCAUCGGUGACAGUGUUGAAGCGGUGAUAACCAAUCUUUGGUUUCCGUUGACAAUGGUAGUUGUAUUUGGAUGGAAAGAGUUUAAACCGAGGUUUUUUUCCACUUUUUACGUCGCUUUUAUAUUUGGAGAAAUGACAGUAAUUUAUUACUUAUUUUUGCUAGUAUUUGGUGUUUACGAUACGCACAUGUAUUACAGAUAUCCUGCAAAUGUGUUGUUUUUUUGUGGCAUAAUCUGCUGUAGCAUUCUAAUGCUUCGCAAUAUUCGAGCGAGCGAUUCUACAUUGUCUUAUUCUAACUGUCGUAUUUUGGCUUUAGUUUCAGCAGAGCUUGUCGCAUCUUCCAUACUGGCAUUUAUCUACAGAUACUUUAUAGUGCCUUUUUUUAAUAGCAUAAAACAAGAAAAUUACAAAUUCAUGGUGGCUGCGAUCGCACCGGCACUGACCAUUAUCCCGGCAGUGAUUUGUAAAGACAUAGCGUUGAGACGAAGUUCCGAG